UGAGUCGAUCUCAAUCUCAGUCGAGAUAGAUAAUGAAGUGACGGCCAGAAAGCAAAGUACCGAAGACCCGACUUCCUUCUGAUGUUCUGUUCUUUCACGUUGUUGCACUUGUGCACAUCAUCGCCAUCAACAAACAUUCACCUCAACCACUCAUCCACCGUGACCUGGUCAGUGGCCUGCAUAUCUCUGGGCACGCCUCAAUCCUACAAUUAGAGACAUUUCCAGACCCCAACACCGCCUCGUGGCCAUAGUACCCAUAUCUUCUCACCAUUUCGCCCUCUGCCUCUACACUCAAGUCAUUCUUCCAAUUCUCAUUUGUUUUGUUUUCUGACCGUUGAGCUUCCUUUUCACCUCCAUCGCAACCGUCAGGUCGCCUUUGUCUCAUCAAAACUAGACAUCAAGCAUUCACUUGCCCAUCAUGUCCGCCCAAGUCAUCCCAACCGUUCCUCCUCGCCCUGCUCGUUCCCAACAAGUUGCCUCACAACAAGGUGUGGGCAAGCUGCCAGAUAUCCCUCCUCGACCCAUCAACAAACGCCUCGACCGUUCCAUAUCCCCCGCAAACUUUCCUCGGAGUCCUUUGAACGAGCCAUGGUCCGCCAACCUGUCCCGUCAGAAGACCAGCGAACGCGAGUCCCUCCCCAGACCUCCUAGCGUCCAGAAUCUGCCUUCAAUCGGCCAAGAGGGCAUGGAAUAUGCCGAGAUCAUGGACCUCCAGACAAACCAGCAACCUCCCACUUCCUCCCUUGGUGCAGAUGCCGCCGCUCAAACUCGGAAUAUCGGCCAGGACCUGAAGCUUUAUGCACCAAAGCCCUCUUUGCCAAAAUCAAGUGCUACAGCUCAAGUCCAAGCCGUCACACGAACCGAUAGCACACCGGCUCCAUUUCUGGGUGUCGCUGGCUUUGGUAAACCUCCCACGCCUAGCAUCGAGGAGAAUGAUCACUUGCACCAGGUGAGAACAAGAUCCAGCUUUUCCAGACCAGGCUCCGCUAUUGAAGGUCGCAGACCCUCCACCGAAGGCAGUCGUCGCUCCAUGGACGAAGGCCGCCGCCUCUCCAUUUAUGGCGACGAGCAAGGCCCUGCUGAGCUUGGUCUGCGUGUGCCCAUCAACCCUCUCCUGGGAGACGUCCAAGCCCCUUCCCCCGCUCCUCAUAGUCCCCACACUACUGGCAACAAUACCGAGAAGCGGAGAUCCCAUCAUUCUAGGACCAAGAGUGGCAGAGAAACAUUCGCGCCUCCGGGCAGUUACGGGUUGCAUAGCCAUGGCCAAGCGCCCCAAGACAAGUUUGAAAAAGACUGGUAUGCAAAACACCCAGAGGUCGCCCAGUUUGAGGAGACACAUGGCCAUGGUGUGUAUGAAAGCAUAGGCAGUGGCCGCGGCAGCUUUGCCUUGAGCAGCGAUGAUCUCAACCAGAUCGUCCGUAACACCGCAAGUCGUGCUUCCAACCUUGGGACUUCUUCAACCGCACUCUCCUACCCAGACGAGCAAGUUGGCUACACCGCGUCCGAGCUGUUCUCACGCUCCCAACAAAACACCCCCAACAGCCUUGCUCGCACUGUCACAAACACAUCUCAGCCGGCAACCGAGUCACCCCUACGAAAGGCUAGUUUCCCCGCAGAUGAAACUAUUCCGGCCGAGGUGCGGAGAGGCAGGCUUUCAAUAUCUGGCCGAUCAGAUGAUGCUAUCGAUAGUGAAGCUGAACAAGAAGUCCAUAUUGAGCCUCAGCGCCGUUACAACAAAGUGACUGGUGGUGAAGAAAGUCUUAACGAAACAAGACCAGUACGAUCUUCCAUCUCCCACCCAACUGAUGAAGACAACUAUAUCAAUGAACAUGGCUACUCCGUUCCAAUUCUGGCUGAGGAUGAGGUUGCCAAAGAGGUUGGAAUAAGCCACAUGCAACCCGCAGUGUCACCUAAACAAGAACGCCACAGCAGCUUUCAUGACGAUUAUCGUGGCGAUGGUACCCCAGGCUCACGCCCAUCCAGUCGACCAACCAGCUUGUACGGCUCCUCGAGUAAUUCCAAUACCUUGCAAAGAUUUGUCUCCCACCACGACGACAGAGAAAACCAGCACACUCCACUCGAGGAUGUUACUGAGUACGAGCCGUUGUUCCCAGAAGACGAUGGUCAGAAGCCGAUAAGCCACGCCGAGCGUUUCAAACAGAGGCCAAACGCUCUGAAGCAACGAUUUCCCAGCCAAGAUAUCUGGGAGGACACUCCCAGCAGUGCAUUAUACUCUGCAACCGUGUCAACUCCAGAUCUCCCGGAGCAGGUCGGAAGCCAGGGACUGGACAAGGAGACGUCCAAGACCUUCGAGACCUCCGAGCAGGAGCAUGCAAGAAAAGGGGAGGCCACGGAAGCUGAUCGACAAACCUUUGCACCCAGAGAAGAGAGAUUGGCCAAAUCUGUCUUCGCACCCCACCUGCGAAAUGACAUGCCUACGAGACCCGGAGCCAUACCUCGUUUCCCUAGCUCAGAUAUCUGGGAAGACAGUCCAGAGAGCCACCACCUCGUGACGACAGUCAGUGCCGCUCAAACUGAAGAUGAGCCAGACAGCCCAACCGAGGCUACCGCAAAGCCUUUGGUGCCCCCUCGACCAGGGAAGAGUAGACUCGGAGAAGGCGCCUCGUCAGCUCAAGAAGCUCCGAGUGUACCCGCUCGCCCCGACAAGGAGGUCCAUGCAGCGCCACCCUUCGGAGCUACCCUGACUGAACCGAAAGGCUCAUCACCGACUGAACUGAAGAAGGUGCCCAGUAUUCCUGGUCGACCAAAACCCCAGAUUCCUGCCCGGCCCAAGAAACCUGCCGGAGAUGUCUUAACGAAACAGACAUCCCCAGAGGCAGCCGAGCCUGCGCAAGACAAGGUGUCUCCGCCUUUGGCUAAAGUGAAGCCGCAGGUUCCGGCUCGACCAGGCACAGGGCCAAAAAUUGCGAAUCUUCGUGGCAGUUUUAUGAACGAUCUCAAUCAAAAGCUAGGCCUAGGACCUCCUAAAGAAAAAGAGCCAGAACCAGCCGAAGAGACUAAGACCCUCGACGAUGCCCGGAAGAGUAGAGCCCGCGGACCACAAAGAAGGGCACCGGCCAGGUCACCAGCAGCGAGCGCAACAUCGCCCCCAACUCUGCAAUUUUCAAUGUUCAAGCCUCAUUCUCUCUGGACGAUCGACGACACGGAUGAAAUCAAUGUAACAAGUAUCUCAUCAUCCAAGCCGGCCGACGAGCCUCUUCAAGCUGCGCUGGAGACCACAGGAGUCUCCGACUCCAAGUCAGAGCAACUCAAGAGUGCCACAGUGGCCGACAGCCCUCUUCCUUCUACAAUCGACACCACUGAUCAUGAACCAUCUACGAAGGACGAGAUCACCCCAUCCUCUGCCCCAACUGACAGUAAAACGCCAGAACCUUCUCUUGGCACGCCGACCCAGGAAAGAUCCAACCCUCUGAGCCAAAAAACUUCAGUCGAAGACGUCGGUCUAUCGAACGCGACAACUGCAAGUAGCGGCCAGGCAGACGGUCCUGAGUUGGAAAGAGAACAAGUCGACCCAAGCACAGAUGCCAUUCCCGUCAGCAAACAGACCACCGCCAGCACUGACGAUGGAACUGCACCACUGGAGAAGACGACAACUCAUGAACCUGAACCUGAGACAUUUACCGAGCCAAGACUCAAAGGCACCGUGGAAGCUGAAGGGGAACCUGGCAAGGAGAGCGCAGAGCAGGUAUAGGCUCGUCAUAGGUUAUUUGCAUAUAUUGGUGCGAGUAUCCAAUCAUUAUUUGGAAUAUGUUAGAGCUUGUUAGCGGCCCCAACGGCUAGCUGGGCCCAAUCCCCCCAGGAAAGAGCUUCUGGGCGAAACGAAACCCUGGAUAUGGAAUUAUGGUUAUGGUUAAAGACACAACACCACCAAACAGCCUGUCGCAUCACCAACCUUAGGUACCUACCUACCUGUAUGGCUGAUGUGAUUAUGGAUGGGUCAGUAUUGAUAUGUGACGUGGUGGGAUUGGAACUGAUGGAUGGUAUUUCUGUUUCGACGCGGAGUUGGGUUCUAUUCAUUCGUCUCGACAAGAAGAAGAAUUGAUACACUAGAUACAAUUUCGACCUGUGUUCUUUCACUCAAAGUUAAUCGUUGUAUUAUCAUGUCCACUAACGUAAGACUAAGAGUUGUCUGUACGUACAGUUCUUUGGCUUGACUAGCGACUCUCUUUAGCUUAUCAAUAGUGAAAGAAGACUUAUUGUUUUGUCAUUUG